UUUUUUCAUCACUGAAACAACCGAUAUUGCUUUUGCAAUGUUGAAGGGCCUGAGGGGUGACGGCAUGGCGGAGGGCGAUGAAAGCGCAGGCGGGGAGUGGAAAGAGAAGUACAUGGCCCUCGAGGCCCUGCUCUUCAAGUUCCGUGGACAGAUGAGCGUGAUCCGAGAGCUCACGGCAGAAAAGAUGCAGCAGUUGGAGAUGCAGGUGUUGGAAGCCGAGCGUCGGGCAUAUGAGGCCAACCAGCAGGUGCAAUGGAUGGAAGAGCGUCUAAAGGCAUCAGAUAUCCAGUCAAGUGAUUCAGAGCUGCAGCUGUUCAGGCGCUGUCAAAAUCUUCAAACGGUACUGCAGGAGAAAGACGAGCUUAUUGCCACCCUAGAGCAACAGCUGGAGGAACAGAAACAGAACCGAAUCCAAGAUGCCAAGACAGUUGAAGAAAAAGCAGCUAAGAUCAAAGAAUGGGUCAUGCGGAAGCUGAAUGAAUUUGAUAUAGAGAAUGCCUCUCUGAGAGAGAUCAACCAACAACAGGAGGCUGAGAUACAAGACCUGAGAAGACGACUGCAAGCCAUGGAGCUGACUUUGGGUCCUGGUGGCCCAGUGCAGCCCAGUGUGGGUGAGGCCCAGCGGCUCAGCAGUCUGACUUUUGGCUGUUUCCAAAUUAGAGGGAAGAGCCCUCAGGUCCUGACGGGCCCAGAGCCGGCCCAGAAGAGUGUCAGCACCCUGCCGGAUCGUGAGCCCACACACACAGACUGCAGGAGACCCUCUGCUGAUUCUGGAAUGAAACAAGAUUGCCCAGAAACAGAGUGUGUUGGCCGAUGCUCUAAGGUGGGAUCAGAGGACGAGGCGAUCACACUGUUCUGUGGUGUCUCCUCUAUCCUCUCCAACUCUGCCUCUGAAGGAGAGAGAAGUCUGUUUGGAGGUUUGCGUUUCAGCCGACCCACCAGUGAGACGUACCACACAGCCUCAGACGACAGCAGCUCGCUGUUUGACGAUGACAUGCAGCGCGUGGAGUACUCCAGACUUUGCCUUCCUGGCACCAAGAGUGCUUCAAAGAGAGACAGCGAGAAGGUGGACGCUGAGGAUGGAUCCUCAGAUGAGCUGAAUAAGCGCUUCCAAUCGCAAUGUCUUGAUUCCUCAUCGUCCUCCAGUGACACAAACACUCCCAGCCCCAUAUUAACUCCAGCUCUCACACCAAAGCGGCCCACUCCAUCACGAGACUCCCAAGACACCCCAGCCUCCCCCAAACAGCCCAGACUGCGUAAUCCAAAUGCGUUUACUGUUAGUUUGGCAUUGGCUAAAAAGCAUCUGAGUCAGCCUCCGCUGUACAGUGAAGCCGCCCAUGGGCGGACACGAAACGCCUUCAGCAUGCUACGUCCUCUACGGCCUCAGGAAACAGACAUGGACCAAGAGCAAAAGAUGGAGACUGGUGAAAGAGAAUGUGUGCCUGAUGUGCCCCCAGCAGAAGUGCCACCUGAGGAACACGAAACACUCGACUCAUCUGCAGCCGUGCCCGGGAGUAAACCUCCGACCCCUCCACUGCACAGACUGCCUUCUUGGGAGAGCAGAAUAUAUGCUGUGGCAAAAUCUGGAAUUCGUCUGUCUGAGACGUCGUGUACAGAUGUAGCUAAUAAAGACUCCUCCCACCCAUUCUCAUGCCCUGCCUACAUGCUCUACACAUCCCUCAUCUACAGGAACACAAGCACACCUGUCUUCACCAUACUCAAAGGGAAGGCGACUUUGUUAAGCAAUGGUCAGUUCUCUGAGGAGUCGUCUAGUUCUGAGGAGGAGGACAGUUCGGAGGAGUGUCAGUCUAACUCUGGAGAGGAGGAGAACUCCCAGAGCUCUGAAUCAGAGUCACACAAGAUGAGCAGCCAUGAAAGCCCCGGCUCCCUUAAGAGAGCUGUGUCAUUGUCUUCUAUGACAUCUGAGAGUGACUACGCCAUCCCUCCUGAUGCUUACUCCACUGACACUGAGUGCUCUGAACCUGAAAACAAACUGCCAAAGACCUGCUCCUCCAGCAGUGACAAUGGCAAGAGUGAGUCUAUGGAGAAGUCUGGAUACCUGCUCAAGAUGGUCAAGACAUGGAAGAAAACGUGGAAGAGGCACUGGUUUGUUCUGAAGGACGGGGAGCUUCUCUACUACAAAUCACCAAGUGACGUGAUCCGUAAACCCCAAGGUCAGAUUGAGCUGAAUGCGUGUAGCACUAUAGCACGUGGUGAUGGCAAACAGAUGCUUCAGGUGGUGACAGGUAAGAGUGUGUGUAAUCUGAAGGCAGAUUCCCCAAACCUCCUGGAGGAGUGGCUGAGGGUCCUGCAGAGCAUCCUGAGAAUCAAAGCUGCGAGUCCGCUCUUCACUCACCCUGACGCACGGCCUGUUAUGAAAGGACAUCUGACCAAGGUGAAACAUGGCUACUCUAAGCAUGUGUGGUGUGAGCUGUUUGGAAAAACUCUCUACUACUUCAGAAAUCAAGAUGACAAGUUUCCUCUGGGUCAGAUCAAACUGUGGGAGGCUCGUGUGGAGGAAGUGCAGAAGUCAUGUGACGUAGCUGAAGACUCUGCUCAGUACACCCUCUCCAUUCAGUCAGUGAGUCAGGACCCAGCAUACCUGCUCAUCGACUCGCCUCAUGAGAAGACGGCCUGGCUUUUCCAUCUGUCUGUGGCCGCGGGCACCGCAGUGGGGCAGGUGGGGACUGAGUUCGAGCAGCUGGUUGGUAAACUGCUCAGCAUAGAGGGAGAUCCAGGGUCUCAUCUCUGGAGACACCCGACACUGUGCUUCACUAAGGAAGGACUGUCAUCUCCACUCACCACCCUUCCUUCACAGGCUCUACAAACUGAAGCCAUCAAGCUCUUUAAGACAUGUCAGCUCUUCCUUAACGUGGCCAUUGACACUCCAGCCAUAGAUUAUUACGUGACUCUUGCCCAGUGUGCUCUACAAGUGUGUCUCACCCACCCAGAGCUGCAGAACGAGAUCUACUGCCAGCUUAUCAAACAGUCACGCAAGGGGCAGCCACACGGACCGCCGGAACCCCUGCAGGGAUGGCAGUUUCUGGCUUUGUGUGUCGGUCUUUUCCUGCCCACACCCCCUAUUCUGUGGUAUUUGCAGGUUCACCUCAAAAGACACGGAGAUUCGAGGACGGAAGUAGGAAAGUAUGCCAUUUACUGUCAGCGCUCACUGGAGCGGACGCAGCAGAAGGGGGCUCGGCAAGCCCGAUCGUCACGAAUGGAGAUCCUAUCAAUUUUACUCAGGAACCCUUAUCAUCACUCUUUGCCCUUCAGUGUGCCUGUACACUUCCGUAACAACACCUACCAGGUUGUUAGUUUUGAUGCUUCAACAACAGUGGAGGAGUUUCAGAGUCAGCUGAACCAGGACACGGGCAUGAGGAAAACCGGCCAGUCUGGUUUCAGCCUUUAUUCUGAUGACCCCACUGGCAAAGACCUCGAGCACUGUCUUCAGGGACACCUGAAGAUCUGUGACAUUAUUUCAAAAUGGGAGCAAGCCUCGAAGGAGCAGCACGCAGGGAAAUCAGAGAAUGCCAGGACAGUGAAGCUCACUUAUAAGAACCGGUUAUACUUCUCCCUGCAGAUGAGAGGGGAGACCGAGAGAGAGCGUUUGCUUCUGGCGUACCAAACAAAUGAGGAAAUUACUGCUGGUCACUUCCCUGUUAACAAAGAGCUUGCUUUAGAAAUGGCCGCCCUGCUUGCUCAGGUACACAGUGCUGCUCCUCAGAAUAUUAGUGCAUCUCACAAACCUGUCAAGAUCAUGUUCAGGGUAUAUUUUACCUCUCUUUGUCAAUGA